ACUUCAGUGUCUAACAAUAGAAAUGAGAAUGCCUAAUGGGACACCGCUAUGGGACUGUAUUAUACAGUGUAUAGGCCAAGAGUGUUAUGACUUGGAUUAGGCCGAAUAUAACUGUUCUAUUUUGGCGACUACGGAUAAAAUGUACCGUCGUAGUUCAUGGCGAAUAGGCCUAUACUCAAGACGGGGAAUUAGUUUGAGAGAAAUUGAAUAUUGUGAACCCAUUAACCACUCCUAUCAGGUAGAGCCUACAGCAAUUAAAAGCCUUAAAGUUGGACCAUAAAACUUCCGUCUCGAAAUCUCUCCAGGCCCUUUCUCGCAACCAUGAUUUUCUGAGCAAUCGAAAUGAUGCUGACUUCAUGUGCGGCACACACCUUUUAGCUAGACAUCUCCAGACCUUUGUUCUGCAGUUCAAGACGAAGUUGAAGGAACAAACUUGUCGCCAUGUCUCGUAUGGAGAGAAUCAUGGGGAUACCCCAGGAAAGCAAGAAACCUUCAUCACUGAAGUACCCACGUGACCCGCCAGGCCCUCGACACAUCAACAAGCAGGCCGCCAUCGACAUCGCCCGCAAACUCAAACUAACGACCAUCGGGAAAGUCGGGCUUCGGAUCACCAACUCCACCAGCAUCGACUCCGAGAUGAUGUCCAAGUACAACAACCAGGAACAGACCAAGGAAGUUUCCCAGAAGUCCUUGAUGGAUCGCAGGAAGGGCUUGGAGAUGGCUAGGAAUAUCGUAGAGAGUCGCGUUGGGAAGUGCAUCAUGGAGACCAAUGAUUACGAGGUCAGACGCUUCAAUCGCGAGUAUGAGAAACUCCUGGAAAACGAGGAUCAGACUAAACGACUGAUGAUCCAGAAGAAGCGAGAGUUUGUUCACCACAAGCAGAAGGUUGAUCAGGCGAUGAACCUGACAAGACGCGAUGGUAGUCGAUCGCCCAUGGCCCAAACGAGCGAUAAUGAUCGCCCACAGCUUCCUACUAUCUAUCCAGUAGGAGCGGUGCGUCAGCAGACGAGGGAUGCUUCAUCCAGAGAGGAUCAAGUGGUAGAGUCUAGGAGAAGGUCACCAGGGUACAUGCGUCCUCUAAGCUGCACUAGGGACAAAUCGCACGAUUCCGCAGUGGGUGAAACUGAACGAUUCUUGAAUAGCCCGUACAUGAGAGCGUGCAUCAGCAAUAUCAAUGACGAGGAAGCAACGAACCGUGUUCUGGAAGGAAUCGAAGAAGCAAAUGAAGCGGAAUCUUAUAGGGAUUCGCUGCCAAAAUCGCGCGCAGCCUCGGCGAAGGGUGGACAAACAGCCCAGAAUAGAUUAACUGAUGCUCCUGAUGAUAAACCUGAUACGCAUUUUGAGAUUAAUAGAUCACCCAGUCGAAAUAUCUCUUUCAUGAAACAUUUGUUGAUUGAACAGGUUAAUGAAAUAAAAGAAACUCCCAGGAGCAAGCCACCAUCUAGAAUCAAUUCACCAGCUUCUCCACGACCAGAAGCUUCCGCAAAUCGGGAUCACGAAUAUCCAAGAGAUUCUGUUGAUAGCAGAGUGGCCCCACAUCCUGAUCCUUAUACAAAUCAAGAAGGUGGCGAACAGAAACCUCCCAGCCGUGGAAAGUUCUUAGUAGAACUAAUCAAAUCAGAGUCUUUCACAAAUCCCGAAAGUCCUGCAAUAUUAGUGGAAAGUUUCAGGGCAGAAGGAGACAGAAGCGCAACUCCAGGGGGUACCAAGAUGGCAUCCUUUUCGUCCAUUGCAAAGAGACUCAAAGGCGGAAAAGAUGGCGGUGCGGAAUCUCCUGAUGAUGGUAGUAAGAAAUCAAAGAAACAAUCUGCUAACUCGCUGACAGUUGCAGCUCAGAUCGCGCUUCUGAGGACGCGGUCAACCUCGCGUAAUAAGAAACGGCGGGCCAAGAAGAUCGCAAGCAUGAACGCCCGCAACGUAAAACUAUCGGAUAGAACAGAUUUAAUGGCAGAUCCGCGGUUUACCCGCCUAGCCGAUUCACUCAUUCCGGAUUCUGGCGGAUCUACUGACCUCUAUCAUUCCAAAGGAAAGUUUAGCUUACCUGACCAUGUCGCUGCCGGUUUCAAAUCGAAUGCGUCGAGGACUAAAGACAGCAAGUUCAGACAAUCAAGAAAUUUGCAUAAUUUGAUGAGAUUCGAAGAACUGUUAGAUUCUCUUUGAAGGUAGCCGUCAUGAUAGAAGAUAGUUCCAUCGCGUUGGUUCUGAGAAAAGGAUUGUUGUCAACGUUUACUGACGAUGACAUCUGUCUCCUACUAAUCGUCAGACGGUUUGAUCGAGAUGUACGGCUGCAAUCACAGUCAUUCGGUUUUCUUACGGUCUCAGAUAUCUGCCUAACCCUAAUCAUCACCACCGCCACCAUCAUCGCCGUCGUCAUCAUUCACCAUCAUUAUACCCAUCAUCAUCAUUAUACCCAUUAUCAUCAACAUCAUCACCAUCAUCAUCACCAACAUCAUCCCAAUCAUCGUCGUCGUCAUCAUUCACCAUUAACAUUACCACCAUCACAACAAUAUACCAUCAUCUUCUUUUUACUCAUCAUCAUCAACAAAAUUAUCGUAAUCAUCAUCAUCGUUAUCAUCAUACCCAUCAUCAUCUCAAACAUCUCUGUUUGUGUGAGUCUCUAAAACUCCUAAUCUUUUUAUCAGCACAACCAUAAUCAAGGCGAUGUCAAAAGCAAUGACUGGCAUUGAGGUUGAAAUAUGGAAUUUAUGCAUGUUUGAGGCCGGUAACACAAAUCUUGGUGAUUUUUUAUCUUGCAGUUCAUAUUUAAGAUUGAUUGUAAAUAGGGGCUGCGGAUUUACCUGGGAGAAGGGGUGAUGUGCUCAGCACCACCACUUUUUUUUCUUUUUUUUAAGAAAUGUGUAUAAAACCUUAAAAUGACUAUCUGAUUGUGAUUUCGUUGCAUGCUCAGUUCCCCACAUUAAAUCAAAUCCAUUCCGCAGCCCCUGGUACAUUAUGUUCAAUGCAAUCAAUCGUUAAAGUAGAACUAUAUUGAAAAUCGUAAAAAUGGAGAAUCAUAUAUCAAAUUAAAGGAG